AUGCUAAAAUCUUUAUUAUUAGUACACAUAUUCGCUCUGGUCACAUUUUCAAAGCAUAUCGAAAAUCAAAUAAUCGAAUUAGAAGAAGUCAAUUACUAAGUGAUAAUAAAAGUAAAUGAUUUUUCAGGCUAUGCUCUAUCUGGAGUGAUUGUCAAUGUUAAGUACAAUUAUAUAUCAAUACAGGAAUUCUAAUAUGAUUUUAGGAGACAAGGAUCAAAUGACUGAUGGAACAGGCAUGGUGACAUUUACUGGGAAAAUCCCAAAGCAAUCAUCUUACCAAAUUACAGCAAUUGCAACAACUACUUUUAACGACAUUUCAACAUCAAGUAAAAUAGAUGGGGUUGGAGAUUCAUAAGGCACAAUUGUUUUUAAUGGCAAAUUAUAAUUCACAUAAUCUGAUGUUUAAGUUCAAGAUGUGUUUUAAAGAGGAUUAAUAAUAGUAAAUAUGAAUUCUAAUUUCAGUUAAAAACAUAAUCAAACUCAAAGCCUCUUCCUGGGGUGACUGUAAUCUUUACAGCUAUAUACUCAGAAGAUAAAAAAGCAAAAGAACUAAUUUUCAAAGCCACAACAGAUGACAAAGGUCAACAAAAUGUAAGAUUUUUAUUGCCGUCUCAAAAACCCGCAUUUGUUAUUCUUUAUACUGCCUCAAAAAAUGAAUAUUGGAAUGCUUAAUAAUUGAAUAGAAAUGCUUAGGAAUUUUCAUUAUGGCCGUAAAUAUUAUAGAUAUAAUCAAUCUAGUGAAAAAAAGUAUGAACUACCAAUAACAAUAAAUUUGGAUCCAGGUUAAUUCAAAUUCGUCUUAACAGCAUUAGUUCAAGAUUAAGCAUCUAAGCCAUUAUCUGGAGCUAAAUUAUAAAUAGGAGGAAUUAACUUUGGAUCAAAUUAAGAACUCGAGUCACUUAAUGCAGUCAGUGGAACAGAUGGAAAGAUCAGCCUCAUUUUGCCUUUAAAGGCAACUGCUAAGAUUCAUGUCAAGGAACAAAUUACUAAAGACGAAUAUAUUGGAUAGACUUAGGAAUUUGAUGAAGAGUUUGAUUUAAAUGUUAGAAAAGAAUAAUUCACUCAUGAUUUGGGAUUAAUAAAAUUAUAAGAAGCAUCAGGUGAUUUAUAAGUAAUUUGAGUUUAUUAAUAUUAGAUUUCUGGAAUCAUAACUGAUUCUUCAAAAUAAGUGUAGUUUGUACAAGGAGCUACAAUUGUAUUUACAAUAUUGGAUAGCAUCCAACCAGUGACAGCUAUCACAGAUGCUUAAGGCAAAUUUAAGGCGGAAAUCUAUGUACCUGCAAAUAAGGAUUUGUAAUUAAAAGCAACAGUAACUGCUAAAGGAUUUAUGAAUAAAAUAGCUGCUCCAAGAACAAUUAAUGUUUCUUCUAAGCAACCUUUGCAAAUUUCUUUUGAUGUAGUUUUAGAUAGAACUAUAAAAAAUAUAAAAAUAAAAGAUAAGCUUGUUGAUCCAAGUGGUAAGGCUAUUUAAAAUGCAAUUGUUAAAAUCGUAGAGAGUAAUCCAACAAUGCCUGAUAAAACCCUAUAUAAUAAGGAGAUUACUGAUAAUGCAGAGUAAGUUAAUUACAUUUAUAAAUAGUGGUUCAUUUGAAUAUCCAUUUAGUUGUUAUGAAGAUAUCAAGUUUUAAGCAACAUUUUAAUUUCAAGUGCCUUAAUUUGUGCCUGUAACAUAUAAAACUGGAGAUUUAGAAUGUAAAGACUAAGAUUUAGUUAAAUAUUCAAUGACCUUAUCAAAAUAGACAGCUAUUCUCUUAAUCAAAGGAUAAGUGAUAGAUGUGGAUUAAAAACCAAUGAAAGGAGUUAACCUUAAAUUUAAGUCAGAUCCAAUAUUAGAUGUUCCUAAUAGUAAUUUGGUUACUGAUGCAAAUGGUAAUUGGUAGGUAGAAAAAUUAACAGUGAUACCUACAACAUAAUAUAAAUUUACUAUUGAAUAUACUAAUGAUAUCAAAUAAUUAGUAGAAGUAGUAUAGACCUUUACUCCUACAAUGGAUAAGGAGCAAACCUUCAAUUUUCCAGUUAUUGGAUUUUAAAGAUAUGUUAAAGCUAAAAUUGCUGGUAAAAUAGCACCUGUGGAUGGCAAGGCNUAUAAUCAAUCUAGUGAAAAAAAGUAUGAACUACCAAUAACAAUAAAUUUGGAUCCAGGUUAAUUCAAAUUCGUCUUAACAGCAUUAGUUCAAGAUUAAGCAUCUAAGCCAUUAUCUGGAGCUAAAUUAUAAAUAGGAGGAAUUAACUUUGGAUCAAAUUAAGAACUCGAGUCACUUAAUGCAGUCAGUGGAACAGAUGGAAAGAUCAGCCUCAUUUUGCCUUUAAAGGCAACUGCUAAGAUUCAUGUCAAGGAACAAAUUACUAAAGACGAAUAUAUUGGAUAGACUUAGGAAUUUGAUGAAGAGUUUGAUUUAAAUGUUAGAAAAGAAUAAUUCACUCAUGAUUUGGGAUUAAUAAAAUUAUAAGAAGCAUCAGGUGAUUUAUAAGUAAUUUGAGUUUAUUAAUAUUAGAUUUCUGGAAUCAUAACUGAUUCUUCAAAAUAAGUGUAGUUUGUACAAGGAGCUACAAUUGUAUUUACAAUAUUGGAUAGCAUCCAACCAGUGACAGCUAUCACAGAUGCUUAAGGCAAAUUUAAGGCGGAAAUCUAUGUACCUGCAAAUAAGGAUUUGUAAUUAAAAGCAACAGUAACUGCUAAAGGAUUUAUGAAUAAAAUAGCUGCUCCAAGAACAAUUAAUGUUUCUUCUAAGCAACCUUUGCAAAUUUCUUUUGAUGUAGUUUUAGAUAGAACUAUAAAAAAUAUAAAAAUAAAAGAUAAGCUUGUUGAUCCAAGUGGUAAGGCUAUUUAAAAUGCAAUUGUUAAAAUCGUAGAGAGUAAUCCAACAAUGCCUGAUAAAACCCUAUAUAAUAAGGAGAUUACUGAUAAUGCAGAGUAAGUUAAUUACAUUUAUAAAUAGUGGUUCAUUUGAAUAUCCAUUUAGUUGUUAUGAAGAUAUCAAGUUUUAAGCAACAUUUUAAUUUCAAGUGCCUUAAUUUGUGCCUGUAACAUAUAAAACUGGAGAUUUAGAAUGUAAAGACUAAGAUUUAGUUAAAUAUUCAAUGACCUUAUCAAAAUAGACAGCUAUUCUCUUAAUCAAAGGAUAAGUGAUAGAUGUGGAUUAAAAACCAAUGAAAGGAGUUAACCUUAAAUUUAAGUCAGAUCCAAUAUUAGAUGUUCCUAAUAGUAAUUUGGUUACUGAUGCAAAUGGUAAUUGGUAGGUAGAAAAAUUAACAGUGAUACCUACAACAUAAUAUAAAUUUACUAUUGAAUAUACUAAUGAUAUCAAAUAAUUAGUAGAAGUAGUAUAGACCUUUACUCCUACAAUGGAUAAGGAGCAAACCUUCAAUUUUCCAGUUAUUGGAUUUUAAAGAUAUGUUAAAGCUAAAAUUGCUGGUAAAAUAGCACCUGUGGAUGGCAAGGCAGCUAUGCCAUUACCUCUAAUAAUUACUUGUGAUGGAAAGGGAAAAGAUGGAAAACCAAUUGUUAUAGAAACUACAACAAAGGAGGAUGGAUCAUAUUCAGUAGAUGUAGAAGUAUUAGUAGGAGCAGAUAAACCAUUAUCCUGUGUAGUUACAAAUGGAAAUACUGGUAGUAGUAGUGGAUCAAGUACAGGAACCGGUAGUACUAAUGCUGCUUCACCUAUAUAACCUAUAAAAGUGGAUGUUAAAGUAUCUGCCCCUACUUGGAGCAGUAACACAAAUAUUCCUAUUACAUAUAAUACAGUUGAUAUGGUAGUAAAAGGGGUUGUCAGCGAUAAAACAAAAACAAUUACUACAGUAGAAGGCGUAGACAUUACUUUAAUUAUCACUCCUCAAGAUGUUUAUAUUUAAAAUCCAGGUAAGCAUUUACUUGAAUCAUAUGUUUUAUUUAAAAGACAUUUCUAAAGUACUUCUCAAUCCAUAUUGCAAACAAAAUCUGGAAAGGAUGGAUCAUAUGAAUUUAAAUUCAAAGCUGUUUAAGCCUAUCCAUUAAAAUUUGAGAUUCAAGCAAAAAGGGAUCCACUAUUUGCUCCUUAUGAAAAGAAAGGAAUUGAAGAGAAAUGUUAGAAGUCAGAAACUUUAAUCGAAAACAUAGAAAUAGACAGGAUAAGAAUGUUGACAAAAUUACAUUCUACAUUAAGUGGCUCUGAUAAGAAACCAAUUAUAAAUGCAUCUGUUAAGAUGACAUCAUCUGAUCCAAUUAUGAAAGAUUCCAAAUAUUACAACUUACCAGUUAAAGAUGAUGAUAAAGGAUCCUUCUUUUUGGAUUUCGAGUGCUAUAAAGAUUUUGACUAUGUAGUAGAUUUAUAAAUAGAUGUACCUCAAUAUGUUCAGUAAAACAUAAAGAGUUCCAAAUUUAAAUGCUCAUAAGCAUUAACUGAAUUGAGUCCUAUUUCUUUAACACUGGAGAAAAUAUAAAUUAAAGCCAUUCUUUCGGGUAAAGUAGUUGAUCCAUCUGGAAAUGGAGUACCUAAUUUAGCAUUGAGUAUAACUACAGAUCCUGAAAGUGCAAAUCUAGAAACUAAAACUUUAACGGAUGGAACAUGGACUGUAACUGAUCCAAAGAUAUAUCCAAAUACAGAUUACAAAGCAAUAAUAGCUUAUAUAGACAUCAAUAAGUAAUAACAAAAAGUAGAAUAAAAAUUCACUAUCUAAAGUGAUAACUAAAAAGUUUCAAUUCCUGAUAUAAAUUAUUAAGCUAUUGUGAAUGCCAAAAUAUAAGGAAAGAUUGAUUUAGAAAAGGGCACUUUGAGUUAGCCAGUUAAAAUCAAUUUGACUUGUCCAAAAUUUAAAGAUGCUAAGGGUGCUGAUAUCAAUCAAGAUUUCUCAACUGAUAAUAAUGGAAAUUUUGAUAUUCCUUUACAAAUAUUGGCUAAGCAUGAUGAUAAAAUAGAGUGUAAUCUAAAAACUAAAGAUUCUCUCUAAGAAACUACAUAAAAAGUAGAAUUAGUAGCUCCAAAGUUUUAAGUUUAAGGAGUUUCGAUAAAAGCUAAAUUUAUGACUACUACAUUUACAAUAUCAGGGAAAUUAAUGGAUAAUUCAAAAGUGGAAGACAAAUUACCUGGUUUAAAAAUUACAAUAACUUUAAAACCAUUGGAUCCAAUAUCCAAUUAACCUAUUAUUAGUAAAAGUAUGAAUGAUGGAACUUUUUCAAUUAUUAUUGAGGUUAUAAGAAAUGUAAAUUAUGAAGCUACAAUCAAUGUUGAUGCAUAGCCAGCAUUUAAUGUUGUUAAUGAAAAACUAUAAUUAUUAGGCAAAGAAGAUAAGUAAAGUAUUUCCAAGGAUAUUACUUUAAUUAGAAUUGUAGUUGAUAUUACUGUUAGUGGACAAUUAGUAGAUAUGAAUUAAAAACCAAUUCCUAAUUCUAAGAUUGAAAUUUUAAGCUCAGAUCCCCAAAUGACAAAUGCUUAGUUGUAUAAUAAGUAAGCAGCUGCUCCAAAGGGAGAUUUCUAAUUGCCAUUUUAAUGUUAUAAUUCAGUUUCAACCACUUUAAAGAUGGAUAUGGAAUCUGAUGUAUAUCCUAAAACAGCCUUAUCACCCUAAGUAUUUACUUGUGGAGAUAAGGAACUUAAAUUAAAGCCAAUAGUAGUAUCUACAAAAUCUGUUUAAGUAACUGUUUCAGGUGUUUUAUCAGAUAGCAGUGGAGUAACCAAAAAUGUUUAAAAUGCUCAAAUUGAAAUUAUACUUAACCCUGCUGAUCCUUUGGCAUCUAAUUUAUAAACAAAAUCAGACUUAAAUGGCAAAUAUUCUUUAAGUUUUGGUGCAGUCUAAGAUUAGAUAUACACAGCUGUUAUUUAAAUAACUAAUUCUGAUUUUAAUCCAUAUAAAUCUUCAAAUAUCCAGAUCAAGGCUGAUAAAGUAUAAACUCUAACACAUGAUGCUACUAUGGAUAGAAUCAUUCUCUAAGCCACUUUAACUUCAACAAUUACAGAUCCAUCAGGAAAGCCCCCUCCUGCAUCUACUCUAACAGUGGAAUCCUUAUAGCCAACAGUCAAAGGAAAUGAAAAAACUUAAAUAACAGGAAAAACAGAUUCUACAGGAAAAUUCAGUUUAUAAGUUCCUUGUUAUAAGAAUGUAGACGAGUCAUUCAUAUUAGAUGUUAAAGCUGAUAAAUAUAAAGAUGUAAAAUCAGAUAAGAUUCAAUUCUCAUGCUCUGGUCCAGCUUUAUCUCUACCUCCAGUGAAAAUUAAAUAUGAAUUAGCACCCACUAAUACUAAAUUAACUGUUGGAGGUGAAAUUAUUGGGCCAAAGGGUAAAGGCCAAUCAGGAGUAAAUGUAAAACUAACUUCAGAUCCUGCAACCAAAGAUUUUGAAGUUAAAACUGGGGCAGACGGUAAAUGGUCAGUAUUAGAUGAUUAAUUACAAUUUGGAACCAAAUAUUAAUUGACUGAAUCUUAUGAUGAUGCCAUAGGACAAAAUCAUAAAGUUACAUAAGUCUUUUAAACAAAUGAUGAGAAAUCUGAAAUGACUUUCCCAAAAUAGUAUUAUGAUGAUUUUGUUCCAUGUGAAAUUGAUGGUAAAAUUACAACUGAAGGAGGAAUAUUUCCAUCUAAUGUCCCAGUUAGUUUAUAAUGUGAUGCUUUUGGUGAAAAUAAAGUACCCAUUGAUCUAAAAACAAAUACAGAUUCUACUGGAUCAUAUUAAUUCAAAUGGAAGAUGCUCAUGAAUACUAAUUCUAAUGUUGAUUGCUUACUUAUUUCACAUGAAACUGCAAAAUUUUAAUAAACAAAUAGUAGAUUCAAAAUAAAUCCCAAUAAUGAUGUUAUGAAGAUCACCAAUUAAGCUCAAGUAACAGAACAAUUCAAAGCACAACUUACUAAAUAUUACCAAUUUUCCGUUAUUAACGGUGCAGUAAUUGCAGAAUUUGAUUGCAACUCAAAAUUGGAAUGGAAAGGAUUAGAAGGAGUUAAUAUUAGACUGAAGUAAUGGAAUGGAAUUGAAUAUGCAGAUCUUAAAAUUGAAACAAAGAGUGACAAAGAUGGUCUCUUUGUUAUUAAACAUUAAAUCUUGAAAAGGUAUAUAAUCAUCUAAAUCCAAUAGUUAAAUCUAGAAUGAAAUGAAAUUAGAAUUUACUAAAUAAAAUUACAUUCCAACUACAGCUGAGUUCAAUCUUUAUUCAUUUGAUCCACAAUUAGAUGGGUCAUAUCUUAUCUAAUUAUCCAAUAUUAGAAUGGUUAAAAUUGGAUAGCCAGAAAAAUGUCCACCAAUUAAGAAAAAUAAACAUCAUCAAUGAUAUACUAUAAUAG